AUGGCUGCUGUAAGAGAGACGUAUUGGAUACCGAAGUUAAGAAGCCUUGUAAAGAAAGUUAGAAAGGAGUGUUUUGGUUGUAAAAGAUAUCGAGCGACAUCAGUUCCCACACCCUCCUGGAAAGUUACCCGAGGACCGGACUUGUGGCGAAACAGCGUUCGAGGUGAUUGGCGUAGAUUUCGCGGGACCAAUACGUUACAAAGGGAAGUCAAGCAAGGAUUGCAAAGCUUUGAAACGGUUCAUUGCUCGAGGGGAAGACCCAGGAAGAUCUAUUCAGACAAUGGGGGCACCUUCAUAAAAACUGCGAAGUGGAUUGAUACUUUACGAAAGGAGGAACGUCUUCAAGGUUAUUUGGAGGAAUUCGACAUUAAAUGGCAGUUUAACUUGUCCCGAGCACCAUGGUGGGGAGGACAGUUCGAGCGGCUGAUAGGAAUUGUCAAACAAGCGAUGUAUAAGACAAUUGGAGGCGCAAAUCUGAAGUGGGAAGAACUGUGUGAAGUGAUACUUGACGUUGAAGUGCAAAUCAAUAGAAGACCGCUCAGUUAUGUUGAAGACGAUGUUCAACUGCCGGUGUUGACACCCGAGCUCUUUUUAUUCCAGAGAUCCAAUCAUCUGCCAGAACAGAAAUUAUGGGUCGAAAGUGAUCCGGACUUACGUAAGAGGGCAAGAUACUUGAAAUCUUGCAAACAAGCCUUGUGGAAAAGAUGGUCGAAAGAAUACCUCACUGCACUGCGAGAACGACAUAACAUGAGUCAUGGGACUAAAAAGACAUAUCCAGGAAGAGAUGGAGUGAUACGUGGGGUAAUGUUGAAAACGCCAAAUGGAAACCUAGAACGACCAGUUCAAUUGCUUUACCCAAUGGAAUUAGCUUGUGAUCGACAGAGCCAUGAAGAGAGACCUGAUCUUAAUCCAGACGCUCAACCAUUCAAGCCAAAGCGUAAGGCAGCUGAAAAUGCAGCGGGGAUCAUCAAAUCGAUUGCUGACGAAGAAAACGAAGAGAUUUGA